GCACUCUAUCCUCUUCAUCUCUACUUGGGAAAAAAAUUUCAUCAGAAGAUUUCACGCUGGUGUUGAUUGCUAACUUUAUCUUCAUGUUCUCUAUCUUUAUUCUAUAGUGAUGAUUCCAUCAUGAUGUUGUCUGGUGUUUCAGGUUGAAUUUCCCUAAACCGAUAGGACACACUUGAUUAAUCCCCAUCUUAUUGCGAGUAGCUAUGCAACCAAUUGGGGCAAAAGACCCUCAACUCCGUGAGAGCAACAGCCAGAAGGUCCACCCGCAGCCGAUGGAAGAAGCAACGAAUCAAAAACCAGAGGCAGUAGAUGCUCUAAUUUCCAAGAUUUUCACGAAUAUCUCCUCGCUCAAGUCGGCUUACAUCGAACUUCAAUCCGCUCACACUCCUUAUGACCCGGAUAAAAUUCAAACCGCUGAUAAGCUUGUGAUCUCGGAGCUGAAGAUGCUGUCUGAGCUCAAGCACUUCUACCGGGAGCACAACCCCAAGCCAGUAUGUGUUUCUCCUCAGGACUCCCGGUUAGCUGCGGAGAUUCAAGAACAGCAGAGUUUGUUGAAAACGUACGAGGUCAUGGUAAAGAAAUUUCAAUCUGAGAUACAGAACAAAGAUUCCGAGAUUCUUCAGUUGCAGCAGCAGAUCCAAGAGGCAACUCAGAAGCGGGUUAAGCUGGAGAAAAACCUAAAGCUGAGAGGCUUAUCAGCCAAAGAAUCUGAAGGCACGAGCUCCGAAAAUAGAUUCUUCUCGGUGGACCUAACGCCUGAUCUUUUCAGGUCUGCCGUGGAAGCUGCCUAUCGAGCUAUUCAUGAUUUUUCCAAGCCAGUAAUCAACAUGAUGAAAGCAGCUGGAUGGGAUCUUGAUGCCGCAGCAAACUCCAUCGAGCCAGAUGUAGUCUAUGCAAAGCGAGCUCACAAGAAAUAUGCAUUCGAAUCAAGUAUUUGCCACCGAAUGUUCGGUGGGUUUCAGGAAGAAUGCUUUUCUGUGAAACCCGAGGAUCCCGGAGUCACAAACGAAAGUUUCUUCCACCAAUAUCUUGCAUUAAGGGAAAUGGAUCCACUGGACGCUGUAGGCCAAAGUCCAGAUUCCCUUCUCGGGAAAUUUUGCCGAACCAAAUACCUUGCAGUGCUUCAUCCAAAGAUGGAGGCCUCAUUUUUCGGGAACUUGGAUCAGCGAAACUUUAUAAUCGGGGGUGGGCACCCAAGAACAGCUUUCUAUCAGGCUUUUCUAAAGCUAGCCAAGUCCAUCUGGCUCUUGCAUAGGCUCGCAUAUUCGUUCAAUCCUCCCGUAAAGGUUUUCCAGGUCAAGAAAGGAAGCGAGUUCUCGGAAGUGUACAUGGAUAGCGUCGUGAAAGACCUCAUCAUUGAAGAGAGUGAGCAGAAACCAAAAGUCGGCCUGAUGGUAAUGCCCGGUUUCUACAUCGGGGGAAGCGUCAUCCAGUGCCAAGUCUACUUAACAGGUAUGAAAGUUGCUGAAUGAUUCUUGUCUUUUAUGAAUGAAUAUAUCCUGUAAUUUAUAUGUAUCCUGUGUGAUGAGAUUAUGAAUUUGUUACUAUCCAUCUGAGAACUGUAACAGUCAUGAUCUUUGUAGUUACAAUUUGUCAAUUGCACCCCUUUUUUUUAAUUCCAACCUCCCUUUUUUUUUUU